AUUUAAAAUAUAUAACAACUAAGGCUGGUUUAAGAUUAAUUAUAUCUGGAUGGUGGGAAAGAGCAAGGCAUAUAAAUUAUCUUGGCAACUGGUUAAUUUCAUGGGCUUGGUGUUUGCUUUGUGGAUUUGAUGAUAUUAUACCAUACUUUUAUGUUGUAUAUUUUGCAGUAUUAUUAAUUCAUCAAGAAUUUAGGGAUGAAGAAAAGUGUAGGAAUAAAUAUAAAAAAGAUUGGGAUAGAUACUGUGAAAUUGUAAAGUGGAGAAUUUUCCCAGUAUACCGUAUUGCACUGCCUUUAGUACCUUUUGUUUAA